CUAAGCGUCAACGACUUGAUCUCCAGACUAGCUUUGAGGAUGACGGCUUUUUCAGUGAGGAGUCCUACAGCGAUGAUGACCUCGCUCAAGGAGCCUACUCCCCACCAUCAUCUGAGUUCUCUGCUCCCGAGUACUCGGCUGCCGCCCAGACCAAGUCGAAGCGCAAGUCUUCCAAGAAGGAGCCAGUCCAGCACUCAGCACCAUCGACCCAAGAACAAGACUCUGCCCCAAUCUCGACAUCUCAGAGCGCCGAAGAAGAAGAGAACACCGAGUCCGCUGCUGCCUCCCCAGCCCAGAGUGGAAGUGGUGUGUCUCGCCGAGGUCGCAAGCAGUCACUGACCGAUGACCCUUCGAAGACUUUCGUCUGCACACUCUGCAGUCGACGUUUCCGAAGACAAGAACAUCUCAAGCGCCACUACCGAUCACUCCACACUCACGAGAAGCCAUUCGAGUGCUCAGACUGUGGUAAGAAGUUCUCUCGAUCAGACAACCUGAGCCAGCAUCAGCGCACCCACGGCGCUGGGACCAUGGUCAUGGGUGUGCUCUCGCAGCCUUCCGACCAGCACAUGCACCAGCCGAUUGACUCUGUCAAUGGUGGUGAUGCCGGUAGCGUCAUCCGACCCAAGCAGGAGCCUCAAUACAUCCCUCAGCAACACCAAUACCCACCCCAGCACCGGGUCAGCCCCGAUGCCAAUGAGCUUGGUACCAUGCUGUACGAUGUCACUGCUCAAAUGGCCGGCUCGAGCUCGAGCAGUGUCAGCUACUCAGAUGGUGACUAUUCCCCUACCUCAGAUCGCAAGCCAGCGAAGAAGAGGAAGCGGGAUGAGUAGAUGCAGACACUCAACAACAACAACAACAACAUUUCUUACUCACCUGUUGAUGUCUUUGCCGCACAGUGGGACGUCUUGACGAGAACACUGACUCACACCGCCGCAAAGGAGAUUACGAUACGAAUGAUGUCGUUACGCCGGGGAUACCACGCACUAGAAAAUGGGAAUCAUGGGGAAUAUAACUGGAGCUCACACAAAAUUUCUUUCAUCAUCUUGGGUGCAACGAAGCUUUUGGGGGGAAGCAGGCAGGCACCUUUACCACCACUACCUUGACACCUGACCGACACAUCAUCACCCACACCUUCGCUUCAAAACAACUACUUUCGCUUCAACCAUCGGCUUGGAACAGGACGGAGAUUCGAUUUGACCAUUCUUACCUUUCUUGGACAUGCUUUGUUACUUCUUGCCUUUCGCUUGUACAACACAUAAUACCAUUCUUCACACCACACUGGAUACUUUUGACAGGACACGCUGCAAUGCGAUGCGAUGCGAUGCGCUGCUGUAUUUUUUUCUUGUUGUAUAUUAACAUUCGAGACCAAUUUUUCUUUCCUUGCGUUCUCUUUUCGACAGCAAGAAUGGGCCUGGGGCUUUUUUUUUGUGUUUGUAUAUUAUCUUCACCACCUAUUUUGGGGGAAAUUUUUCGCUCUCUUCGUCCUGGUCGAUGAAGUAAGAUGUUGUCGGGAUGGGAAAGGGAAAGGGAAAGGUGUGCUGUUGUACCUUUUGAGAGGAAGAGUUUUUUCGUUGUUGACUCCUUGUUGGACUCUUGUAUGUAUGUAUCACAAUCACAAUCAUUAUCAACUUGUACUACUACUACUACUACUAGUAUUAUGGAGAAAAUGUCUGGGAC